AUGCGGUGGGCGACGGCGGCGGCAGCCCGCGGCUUGGGCGCAACCGCACCGAGCUUGGCUCGGUCUUUAGCCCUGGGUGGCGGCGCCCAAGGCGCGUGGCAGCGGCGGCGACCCUUUCGGCCGGGGGAGGGGGUGCCGGAGGCUAUGAUGGAGGCCGCAGGGGUGAACAAGGGCGGCUGCAGCGUGGGGUUGGAGCUACCAGGUCUGCUCGGCCCGAGCAGACCUGGGGCGGCUGCAGGAUGGUCGUGGUCGCCACGGCGGCGGCCCGCAGUGGCGGCGGCGGCGGCCAGCAGUGGAGGCGGCGGUCGGCCGGGGAUGGUCGCCGAGGCUCCACGGGAAGCGUCAGAGAGGAGAGCAACCUCGGGCUUUCCCCUAACCCGAGAUGAAAAAAGAUGGAAGGAGAGAGAGAUGGGGAGGGAGGAAGACAAUGGCUCGGCGGCGGCCGGGGCUCAGCCGCCCACGGCCGGGGGAGUGCAGCUAGGGCAAGGGAGCGCGGUGAAGGUGGCUAGGGCGACUAGGGUUAGCUAG